CCCACCACCACCACCACCCACCACCGCCACCACUACCGCAUACACACACCCAUGUCGUCCUUCUCCAUUGUUUCCGUCUCGCUCUCGGACGACCUGUCCACCCCGCCCGAGUCCGAGUCGUCGCUCACCCUGCUCGAGUACCCCAUAUGCCGCAAGUGCUGCAUCUCGCGGGAGGAGCGAGUGACACACAAGGAGGCUAUCAAGCGGCAGCGGCGGAUCCGCGCACUUCGUGCGGGCCAGCCUGACCCGUAUCCACCCAAGGACGGCAAGUGCGCGUGCUGGGCAAGGCGAUGCCCGGCCGAGUGCGUCGUGUGGGACUGCUGCCGCCCGGCACCCGCAACCGCCAAGCCGCAGAUCCGGUCGGCGGCCAAGCGCAAGCCGGUCCACGACGAGUGCUCCUACUCGCCGGAGCCGCUCUCCUACUCGUCGUCGUCGACCGAGUGGGAACUCUUCCACGACCUGCGCAAGGCAGGCGGCAAGAGCACCGCGCGCACCUACAAGUCGUCGCGUUCCAGGCCAUGAUCGCCGCCGCCAUUUAUCGUCGUCGCCGGCGUACGCAUCCAUCCUCGCAGAGUAAAGCCCCCGCUGCAACCGC